GGAAGAAGGCGGCGGCACAGCAUGUUGAAACGCAACUGUGACAUACCUGUGAGUGACCUCUGAGGAAAGGUUUUCAUAUGUCAAGCAGUUAGGAACCUUCUCCCCGCGCAGCCAUGCAUCCUGAGCCAGAUGGAGAGACCAAUGGCCGGGAUGAGGUGGCCAUCUUUGACAGCGACGACAGUGAUGAGGAAAGCAGUCAGGAGGAGCCACCGACUCCUAAAUGGAACGAGUUGUCCAUCAUAGAAAGAGUCGGCUUUAACAGUGGGGAGAUGUCAGAGACUGACUUGGAGAACUCCUUCUCUCAGAUUGCUAUGGCCUUCAGCUGUGACCAGUACACCCUGAAGCAGAGACUGCAGGCAGAGGAGCACGCCCGCAACUUGGCUGAGAACAACAUCCAGCUGGAGCUGUCCCGAGGCCGAGAGACCCUGGAGGCACUAAAGGGAUUAUGUCUGGACAGUAAGCGCAGUAAAAUCUUGCAGAGGUUAGAGUUGUCUCUGGACAUCCUGGCUGGAACCGUGGAACGCAUCUCCAACACGGCUGAGGUGCUUGGAGCAGUGCACCAGGAGGCGCGUGUAAGUCGUGCAGUGGAGCUGAUGGUGGCUCACGUGGACAAUGUGAGGAGGCGGCUGGACCGACACGAGGCAGAGCUGGACGAGGCCAAGAAGAUGAUCCUGCUGCAGAAUUCCUGCAGAAGCAUUGUGGAACCAGGCGCACCUUUAGAUCCAGAUGAAUGUGACGGCUGGAAGAAAAGCUUUCAACAGAACGGCUGUCGCCGCAGAGUCAGUAUGUCGUUAAUUCCAAGUGAAAUCCUGCCUCUCCAGAAGAAGGGAAAGAAAGAGUCCAAGAAGCGGGCCUCUCAUGGAGAAGGCAAGACGGCCAGGAAGUCCUCCCCUGCCUGCCCGUCUCCUACCCUGAGCUCGGAGUCUAACUGCAGCGCCGUGACUAAGGAGGACAACUCUCCAGUGGAGGACAGGACGCAUGAUCCAGAUGAAAAUGUGUCCCACGUCGCUGCUGUGGUUCCGUCAGACGCGCUUCCCCACCCCACUUCUACUCCCAUCCCAGAAUGCUCUGUCCCACCCAAACCAGCAGCCGGCACAAAGGCCCACGACAACAGGAGCACAGUGGACACGACAAGACACAGGAACAAAAGCAGAGCUGCUCUAUCAAAGAAAAAGACUGACAAGGAGAAAAAAAAGGCAAACAUCCACCGGCGAAUCUCUGUCAACACCAAUGGAUCACCAUGGAGGCGAUGCUGGUUUCAUUAUUGUCGCUGGCUGCUUUUCUGCGUCUGUGUGCUUCUCUCUGUCAUAACCUGGAUUUCCGUCCUGUGGAUGUUUCAUGAUGAUGCACCCCAGCCUUGACAUCCGAAUCUGGAUGCUGUGAUCCUCCGAUAGAAACUAUGAGUGAGUCUGGGAUAGGGUUGUACAGUAUACCGGUACUGAUAAAGUACCGCCAUACUAAAAUAAUUGAAAUCGGUACUAUACUACCUUUGAAAGGUACCGGUACCGAAUGCCGCUGUGCGGUGGUGACUACAGAUGCAUGAUGUUGAGUGUGUCAAAACGCACACACAAAGUGCAUACGAGCAAUAACAUCGUGGAGUGGAAGAAUGGCAAAACCGGCAAUUGUACUGGUUAGAAAGAGAGUGUGCGUGAAGCGCACUAUGGAGGUAUUUGGGCUUCAAAACUAACAAUAAAGGUGAAGCUUUAAACAGGCAGGCGCUGUGCUGCCAGUGUUGCUUUAAAACAUGCCUCGCAACGUGACGAUUAGUAUUAGCACCCUUGCUUCAAACUUAGGUCAACAUUUAGAAAAUAAACAUUCAGAUCUGCACAAGGAGUUAUAAAGAGUGACAGGUGAUAAUGUAGUUGUUACACCUGUCCUGCUGUUCAGCUCCGGUGCAGACCGUAGUCGAGGAGCACAGGGUAGACAUUUCUUCCAGGGCGGAUGUUUUCAUCGGGGGUAACACCCUUCACCUUACCCACCAAUAGGUCUGCUAAGAUCCGCUUUCCGGUCAGAAUUCGAGGCCGCCGAUUCGUGACAAUCUGGUUGCUUUAUUAUUAGUUUGACAGGACACAACCGGACCCGUUCAUCCUUCUACUGCGCAAUGCACGCGCUCCCUCUCUCUCUCUUUACUCGCCCACUCACUCACUGACGUCACCAGCUCCUCUGUCGUGCACAUGUAGAUAGUAGACGCUCACACAGCUGCUUGGCUUGAUGCCAAAUAUUAGCAGAGUUAGGACUACUACUUACAAAUUACUAAAAUUUGUAACAAGUUGCUACAAUUUGUGUUUUAUCUUUAACAAAUGUGUGUUUUACCUGCUACAUGGCUUAUCUGUGUACUUUUAUCCAUAGUUUAGUUUUUAGUACUUACUAAUAAUUGUAUUUUUCUUAAAGCACAGACCAGGAAUGGCAACCAUAAAUCCUGAAUAAUUUUAUAUAAUGUCAGUAAUAUUUUCUGUUCUAUUCUAACCUAAUCCUUGAUUAUAGCAGACUAUAUGUAAUAUGGAAAAGCCCAAUGUGUUUAAUGCCUUUUAAUUAAUAUUUU